CGCCCCCCCCCUCACUCCGGGCCGAGGCGAGAGACCCGAGAGGGGCUCCGGCGAGGACGGGAAGGGAGCGGGGCGGCUGCGUCGCCGCGGACCUUGCAGAGGGAGGCCCGGCUCCCUUGGCCAUGGGCUCCUGAGGGCCUCUCGCUCCGCCCCGUCCCUCGAGUGACGGAGCGGUCCGUGCCGGGCGAGGGGGAACGGGGGGAGCGGCGACCCUGCCAGCGUCGGUCCGGCUGGCCCUGGCGGUGCCGCGUGGCGGUUUGAAGGACCCACGGCUCGUAGGUGACUGCGUCCACGGACAUGAUGAUGGUAAUGGCUGGAGUCAUGUCGGUGCCCGAACUGGGCUCCACAGCCAGCACCCUCGCCACAGCUUCCAAUUUAUCUGGGAUGCCUGAGGAUGGCAGGCCCACUGCUGUGGAACAGCCGAUAUUCCUAAUGACAACAGCUGCUCAGGCCAUCUCAGGUUUCUUUGUGUGGACAGCUUUGCUCAUCACCUGCCAUCAGAUCUACAUGCACCUGCGCUGUUACAGUUGCCCCAAUGAGCAGCGCUACAUUGUCCGGAUCCUGUUCAUUGUGCCCAUUUAUGCUGUUGACUCAUGGCUCAGUCUCCUUUUCUUCACCAAUGACCAGUACUAUGUUUACUUUGGCACUGUGCGGGAUUGCUAUGAAGCCUUUGUAAUCUACAACUUCCUUAGCCUCUGCUAUGAGUACCUUGGUGGGGAGAGUUCUAUCAUGUCAGAGAUCAGGGGGAAGCCUAUUGAGUCCAGCUGUAUGUACGGCACUUGUUGUUUAUGGGGGAAGACCUACUCCAUUGGAUUCCUGAGAUUCUGCAAACAGGCUACUCUGCAGUUUUGUGUGGUGAAGCCCCUCAUGGCUAUUACUACAGUUAUCCUUCAGGCUUUUGGCAAGUACCAGGAUGGUGACUUUGAUGUCACAAGCGGGUAUCUGUAUGUGACAAUCAUUUAUAAUAUUUCCGUCAGCCUGGCACUCUACGCCCUAUUCCUCUUUUAUUUUGCCACACGUGAACUACUCAGUCCCUAUAGUCCUGUCCUCAAAUUCUUCAUGGUCAAGUCUGUCAUUUUCCUGUCCUUCUGGCAAGGGAUGCUGCUGGCCAUUCUGGAGAAGUGUGGCGCCAUCCCUAAGAUCCAGUCUGCCAAUGUCUCCGUGGGCGAGGGAACCGUGGCAGCUGGCUACCAGGAUUUCAUCAUCUGCGUGGAAAUGUUCUUUGCAGCCAUUGCUCUGCGUCAUGCCUUCACGCACAAGGUUUAUGCAGACAAGCGUCUCGAUGCACAAGCUGUUCCGUCAUAUGGGCCAGGGCCAUACGGUCGCUGUGCCCCCAUGAAGAGCAUCUCCAGCAGCCUUAAGGAGACCAUGAACCCCCAUGACAUUGUGCAGGAUGCCAUCCACAAUUUCUCCCCGGCCUACCAGCAGUACACCCAGCAGUCCACCCUGGAACAUGGACCACCCUGGCGUAGUGGCAGCCACGUCAUCUCGCGUUCCCAUAGCAACUCUGGCGCCCGUGACAAUGAGAAGACUCUGCUGCUGAGCUCAGACGAUGAGUUCUGAGGAGCUUGAUGAAGCAUGCCACCACCACCUUUAUUUAUUGAACCAUUAACAACACAAGUCAUAUCCCUUUUUAAAUGGUGCUGAAGUCAGGAGUGGGCUGUUCCUGUUGCCAGGUGCGGGCAUGGACCAUGUUGGCUAAGGCAGGAGGUUUGGACUCUCUGGUCCCAGACUCUUCUGUAAAGGUUUAACUGGAGCACAUUUUACGUAAGGAAAAUUUAAAGAACCCCAAGACUACCAGGUGCAAGAGGAGGGAGCAAAAUUUCAGGAUGGACCAUGUUUUCUUUUCGGUGGUCUUUCUGUUUUUUUGAAGCUGGGUAGCUGUGUUAGCCUGUCUGUCGCAAUAGAAAAGAGUAAGAGUC